AUGUCGACGGAUGCACCAUCAGCAGAAGCCAAAUCGAAAUAUGAUGCGGCGAAGAAGGAGCUCCUCCAGGCCCUCGCCAAGAAGCGCAACCUCGACAAGCAGCUGACCACUAUGGAAGUGCAGAUAUACAACCUGGAAACCUCGUAUCUGACAGACACGGCCGCGCAUAGCGGCGGCAAUAUCAUCAACGGCUUCGAGGGUUACCUCAAGAAUCCGCCCGGCGGGAGGAAGCGAUACGAGAUUGGCGAAAGCGACCGGAUAUUCUCCUCAAGUAGUCACACGUACAAGAAGGCAUUGGAACUCUCAGGCGAGGGCGAAGAGUCAGGAGCCACUAGCGAUAACCAGUCGAGAAUGUCCACGCCAGGCCUCACCACAAUCAGCGUCCCCCCUGCAUCGCGAGCGGACGCGAUGUCAGCCGCACAAACGAAAAAGAUUAGGGAUCGGGACUAUCAACGAAAGAAACGCGCGGCGGAGAAACGGAGGAGUACUGCAACGCCCAUGAGCGACGAUGAGAGCGUAUCGGGGAGGAAGCCAACGAAGCGGUCGCGCAUAGCAGACGACGAUUAG